AUGAAGUGUGGGAAUCUGAUAAUUGUGGCCGAUGGAGUUAUAGAUGACAAAGAUAUAAUAAAUCUAGCAUGCGAUGAGGUGCUCGAUACAGAUGAUGAUCUCAUACACAAUGAUGCUCUCGAUUGGCGGAAUAUUAUAUUAAAUCUCAGUUUCCGCUGUUAUAGUGUAAAUGAUGAAGACUACCUAUUAGCAGAGAAGUCUAAUCUAGUUAUUAGUCGUUAUUUCUCUAGAGCAUCUAGAGAUAAAAUACUGGAGAUUACCAGUUUCCUGAUAACAAAAAUCCAACCUUUAUUAAUAAACAAAAAAAAUGCUGUCAUAGAUAAGCAAUCUAAAGGAUUGAAUCCAAAACUAGGCUUUUCCUUUGGAGAUGAUGAAGUCUAUGAGAUAUGGAAGAAAAACGGUGGAAUUCGAAGUAUACCUCUUUGUCUAACCAUCCUCAGUCACUUACCUAUAGAUAAGAUAUCAACAAAUCUUUGGUGGAUAAGUCCUUUUAUUUUGAAUUUACUGGAUGCUACAUCUGAUUUACAAAACCUUAGACUUCCUGGUGUGAAGUUGUUGCAUGUUAUGCUUGAGAAGGUAUUUAUAGAUCAGUAUAGCAACAAGUGGCUAAAGUUUAAGGACACAGGCCUGUUUCAGGAGUACGAAAGAAUUCUAAUCAAUUUUUGUUUUUAUUUACCCCCAUCGUAUGAUUCACAAAAUACGUUAUUAAUUUGGAGGCAAGUUUUUCCAGCGAUAUAUUCAUUGUACAAAGCACAAUAUAUUGAAGAUGAAUAUCAACUACGGUUGCAUAUACUUAAAUUUAUUAGCGAAGUAAUUUUACAAAAUUGUUUGCCUAGAUGUGGUUGCAAAUAUGAUCAAUUGACCUCCUUUUUAAUACAUUUUAUGAUAGAAAUGAUCCGUACACUUGGUGAGAAGAGCACUAUCUACAUCCAAAGAGUAAUUUAUGAUAUAGGGCAAUAUCUAAUAAAAGAUCCAUUUUUCACAGCAUUCGAUAAACUUAUCUUUGAAACUAUUGAAUUAGUUGAAGCCAUAAUAGGGUAUUGUAAUACGACCCGAGUUCUUGAACAUAAGUACGAUAUUCUUGGGAUCAUCUUAUUAAUCUAUGGGAAAUUGAAGAACGAAGAAAGUAUGAGUGACAAAAUUAGGAAACAAUUGCAACAUACCAUCAAAAUGUUAAAAGAUAGAGGCUGUAACUUUUCAUAUGAGAUAAAACAUUUGAAGUCAGUAAAAGGUAUAGAUUACACAGAACUAUUUGCAGUGUAA